AUGAAUUUCGAAUAUACUGUUACCGAAACUCUUAUUUCUACUCCUGAUCAAAUACUUCAAAUUGAUUAUCAAUUUGUAGAAACUACCGUUGAAAGUGUUCAGUUUGGUUUAACGAGAAAACAGGAACAACGUAAUCGAACAUACGAUGCUACCAUUACACGUAAAGAAUAUCAGAAAAUAGCAAAAGAUGUUCCAAAUGCAUUACCGUUUGAUCAAUUUGUUGAAGUUUUACGACCAUUUAUUAUGGGUCAUUAUGGAUCAAAUGAAUUGGAACGAGCAUUCCGUAUUUUAGAUCGUGAUCACUCCGGCUCAAUUCAUCUUGACGAAUUAGCUAAUUUUUUACCAAUUUUAAAUGGAAAUGCAACAUCAGAUGCAUUAAAAACUUAUGUGAGAAAGGUUGAUCAAAAUUUUGAUGGUAAUAUGAAUUAUGAUGAAUUUCGAGCAUUAAUUUUAAGAGGAAUUGGACGAGAAAUUAUUUGCAAUCAUUUGUAA